AUGCGUGUUUGUACGACUUUACUGGUGGCGGCCGUUGCUCUCUUCACUACUCAAAGCUUCGUAAGUGCGCACGAUGAGUCUCGCAACUUGGUCACCUUCCAAGAUCUUGAAGAGCGAGAUGCAGGAAUUUCAUUCACACCGCCGGACGACCCAGCCGACAAAAGAGCAAUCGAAGCAAUUCAAAGUAUUGGUCUUGGAGACGUAGACAAGAAGACACUCGAAGACUUUGUUGGUGCCGAUGUUGUCGCUGCUGGUCCCAAGGCCAUACUUAAAGCCCUGACCAAAAAGCCUGAGGCGGAGCUUACAGCCUUCGUGGACAAGAAUGCACAAACUGGCUCUUCGAACAGUACACCACCGGCAAAGAAAGCACCGUCAGACUUAGGAGAAGUAAGCGAUGAGGCCUUACAAGCACUAACAGAUGCAGUUGGUGCAGAUGUUGUUGCCGGCGGCCAAGCUGAGAUCGCUGGGGCUUUGAUGAAAAUGGAUGAAAAGCAACUCGAUGAUUUAUUGGAAAAAUUAGAGGAACGUAGCUCUUCUGGGGACAGCGGAAGUAAAAACAGCGACACCCCGGUAGCUCCAGCUACCCCCGCUACACCAUCUACCCCAUCUACCCCUGCUACCCCGUCUACACCUGCAACCCCAUCUACACCUGCUACCCCAUCUACUCCUGCUACCCCUGCUGACCCAUCUACACCUGCUUCUCCAUCACCUAGCGCAGACAACACCGGAGUGUAUGCGGCAAAUGCAAAGAUUCUAGAAUCCGUGCUUGGUAGCGACGUGGUUGCUGGAGGUCAGCCAAAAAUCGCAGAUGCUUUGAUGAAAAUGGAGGAUAAAGAUCUUGACGCUUUAAUUGAAAAGCUAUCACCAGUAGCAGAUGAUAAUAGCGGCUCAUCUUCAGGUGCCGGUACACCAAAGCGCUUCCUUGCUGAGGAUACAAUGAAUACCGCACCUGUUGAAUCACUUGACCAGGUUGAUCGCAGACUUCGCUCUACUGAGAAGUAA